AUGUUUGAGAGUAUCGUUGUUGACUUACUAAACAGGUUUCUUGGAGACUAUGUUGAAAAUUUAGAUAAGUCUCAGUUAAAAAUAGCAAUAUGGGGAGGAGAUAUCGUUCUGAGAAAUCUUGAUAUCAAGCAGAAUGCAUUGGAUGAUCUAGAUCUUCCAGUAAAAGUAUGUUCUGGACAUUUGGGUGAACUUGUUCUUAAGAUUCCCUGGAAAAACAUAUAUUCUGCUCCAGUUACUGCCAUAAUUGAUGGAUUGUAUGUUGUUAUCACUCCCAAUGCUGCUCAGAAAUAUAAUGCAGAAAAAGAGAAGAAAAUGGCUCAAGAAAUAAAGCACAAAGAACUUGAAAGAAUUGAGGAUGCAAAAGCUAGAGAAGCUGAGAAAAACAAAGAAAAAGGUGAGAAACAAGAUACUUUUACUGAAAAGAUGGUUACUCAGAUAAUACGUAAUUUGCAAGUGAAGAUUAUGAAUAUUCAUAUUCGAUAUGAAGAUGAUUUCACUAAUCCUGCUUGUUCCUUUGCUGUUGGUGUUACACUUCAUGGAUUGUUUUUUGAGACUACAGAUGAGAGCUGGAAACCUUGUGUAGUGCCAGAAGCUGUUAACAUGUUUAACAAACUUGUAACUAUGGAUAGUUUAGGAGUAUAUUGGAACAGCAAUGCUGAACUUUUCAGUAAAAUGACCUCAGAUAACAGGAAAAUAGCAAUGAUAAAAGCAAUUGCCUCCAAAAAGCAUAAACCAAUAGAUAAUUGCUAUAUACUUGGGCCAAUAACUCUUACUACAAAAAUGACGUUGAAUCCCAAACCAGAAUCUGAUGGAUCUAAUUUUUGCACUCCAAAAAUUCAGAUGAACAUCAUUAUCGAGGAUAUUUCUGUUCUAAUGAACAAAUCACAGUAUCAUGAGAUUUUACAGCUUUUAGAGAGUGUGGAUCGAUUGACACUAGCAUCAAUGUAUAGGAAGUACAGACCAGAUAAGCCCCACAAAGGAAAUGCUAAACUGUGGUGGAUAUUUGCUGUCAGUUGUGUUCUUGAAGAAGAUGUACGAAGAAGACAGAGAAAUUGGUCAUGGGUACACAUGCAGCAGCAUCGGAAAACUUGUCAGAAAUACAAAGACCUAUAUAAGCAAAAACUGGUGUCUAAAAAGCUGUCACAAAAUAUUCAUCAGCAGAUUGAUGAUUGUGAAAAUUAUUUGGAUGUUUUUAAUAUAACUGUAGUGCGAAGGCAAGCAGAAGUGGAUAUUUCUCGUAAUAUAGAAAGCAGUGCAUCACAUUCAGGACGUUGGUUUAGCAGUUUGUUUAGUGGGGGUAAGAAAACUAAGGUGAAUAGUGGUGUUGGAAGUGACAUUGUUAAGAAGUUUGAUGAGACUAUGACAGAACAAGAAAAAGGACAACUGUAUAAAGCAAUUGGUUAUCAGGAAAAUUUCAUCCCUACAGAAUAUCCAAAAACAUUUGUUGAAAAUAAACUGCAUUUUCAGUUAAGUAAGUUUGUUAUCUCAGUAAGAGAUGAUACCAAAACAAAUCAAGAUGUACUGAAGAUUGACUUAAAUAAUGUUUCAGCUACAUUUGAACAUAGACCAUCUGCAGAAGCAAUCAAACUGGGUAUGCAAGUUAAAAGUUUUUCUGUCUAUGGAUCAGUAUUAUCAGAUGGGAAAAUACCGCAUAUGAUCAAGGUUGAAAAGUUAAAUGAAUCAGAAGAUUUGAAAUUGCUUCAAAUGUUGUUUGAAACAAACCCAUUAGAUCAAACUUGUGACCAAAGAAUAAAUGUGUCAACAAUGCCAUUAGAAAUCAUAUAUGAUGCUUUCACUAUUAACAACUUAAUUGAAGUGUUUAAACCACCACAAACAGUGUCACUUUAUCAGUUGCAGGCUGCUGCUGCAAUGAAGCUGGAAGAUUUUAAGGAUAAAUCAGCACUUGGCUUACAGUAUGCUAUUGAGCAACACAGAAAUUUGGAUCUCAAUAUUAACAUCAAGCCUUCUUAUAUUAUAAUUCCAGAAAAUGGAGUUCUUGAAAAAUAUUCAAAUAUUCUGGUGAUAAAUCUUGGAAAUUUUCAAGUGCAGACAGUUAGAGAAAUGAGAGAUUUACUGACAGUAAAAAGUCUUGUCAAAGCAGGGAAUACAGAUAAUGAAAUUUUGGAAACAAUGAUGACUAAAGCAUAUGACAAGUUUCAUAUUAGUUUACAAAAUGUUGGUGUGUUGCUUACUAAAGCAUGCAAUGAUUGGAAAAAACAAAAAGGUAGAAAAAAUCUAAAAUGUUGUUUGUUGCAACCUGUUACUGUGGAUGUAAACUUCAUGAGGGCAAUUAUUACAGAUGAUCCUCGGAUGCCAAAAGUGAAAAUCUCAGGAGAACUACCACUUCUGAACUUAUCUCUGUCUGAUCAGAAAUUGAAAGUUCUUAUGAGCCUUAUGCAAAGUAUUCCUUUUCCUGAAAGUGAACCAGAAGUGGAAAGCAAAGAAGUACCUGUGCUUUCAGCUGCUACAGACACUGUUCAUAUUCAAGCAAAAACUUUAAAGCAAGUCACUGGACAAGAAACAUUUGUAAUAUAUGAAAAUGUUAGUGCAGGUGAAGAGAAUGAAUCUGAGACAGGAAAAAAGGAACUUGUUCAAUUUAUAGAUCUUCACUUAAAUUUUGAGAUAAAAAGAAUAGUAAUUGAUCUGUCUCAUCAAGUAGAUGGAAUAGAAAAGCAGAUGAUAAGCUUUAGACUGUUCACACUUGGUACUAGCGUUUUUAUGCGUACCUUUGACAUGAGUGUAGAUCUUCUGCUAGGUGGAGUUUCUCUGGAGCAUAAAGAGUAUUUCACCCCAGAUGAAAAAGAACUUUACUUGCUGAAUACCCCUUUGCCAUCAAGUGCAUCAGAAAACCUCUUCACACUACAGUAUCUGCAGGCUGAUAAGAAAGGACCCUUGUUUGAUACAUAUUAUAAGUCCACUAUUCAAAGUAUUUUUAUAAGAUUCACACAGUUAGAUAUAGUUUUACAUCAGGAUGCCUUACUCGCUUUAAUUAAGUUUGCAUCUGAUUUGACAUCAGAAAUGCAGAAGCUUAAACUCUUGGAUAAAGUGGGAGAAUAUAGCACUUGUUCACAAGGGUCAUCAGAAGGACCUACUACACUAAUUUCAGAGGAAAAGACAAGGCCAUUAAAAAAAACUUAA